AUGGCAAAGCCGCUGAGUGACCACGACCGCCGGAAGCAGAUCAGCGUGCGCGGCAUCGCGGGUCUUGGCGACGUCGUUGAGAUCAAGAAGAGCUUCAACAGGCACCUCCACUUCACUCUGGUGAAGGACAGGAACGUGGCCACCCCACGAGACUACUACUUCGCUCUCGCGCACACAGUCCGGGACCACCUGGUGGGCCGAUGGAUCCGCACCCAGCAGUACUACUACGAGAAGGACCCCAAGCGUGUCUACUACCUUUCUCUGGAGUUCUACAUGGGCAGAACUCUGCAGAACACCAUGAUCAACCUGGGCCUGCAGAACGCCUGCGACGAGGCCAUCUACCAGCUUGGACUGGAUCUUGAAGAGCUGGAGGAAAUAGAGGAGGAUGCUGGACUUGGGAACGGUGGACUGGGGAGGCUUGCAGCUUGUUUCUUGGACUCAUUGGCGACGCUGGGUUUGGCGGCAUAUGGUUACGGCAUCCGCUAUGAAUUCGGAAUCUUCAACCAGAAAAUUUCUAGCGGCUGGCAGGUGGAGGAGGCAGAUGAUUGGCUGCGCUAUGGUAACCCCUGGGAGAAAGCCCGCCCAGAGUACAUGCUCCCUGUGCAUUUCUAUGGUCGAGUGGAACACACAGAGGAGGGGCCAAAGUGGGUGGACACCCAGGUGGUGCUGGCGAUGCCGUAUGACACUCCUGUCCCUGGCUACAAGAACAACACAGUGAAUACCAUGAGGCUGUGGUCUGCUAAAGCCCCCAAUGACUUCCAACUGCAAAAGUUUAACGUUGGAGAUUACAUCCAGGCUGUGCUGGACAGGAACCUAGCGGAGAACAUCUCUCGAGUUCUGUACCCCAAUGAUAAUUUCUUUGAGGGUAAGGAGCUGCGUUUGAAGCAGGAGUACUUUGUGGUAGCCGCCACUCUCCAGGACAUCAUCAGACGCUUUAAAUCCUCCAAGUUCGGCUGCAGGGACCCCGUACGCACUUCCUACGAGAGCUUUCCGGAUAAGGUGGCGAUCCAGCUGAAUGAUACCCAUCCUGCUCUGGCAAUUCCUGAGCUGAUGAGGAUUCUGGUGGAUGUGGAGAAAGUGAGCUGGGAAAAGGCCUGGGAGAUUACCUCAAAGACCUGUGCCUACACAAACCAUACUGUUCUCCCAGAGGCUCUGGAACGUUGGCCUGUCUACAUGUUUGAGAAACUUCUACCAAGACACUUGGAGAUCAUCUAUGAGAUCAACCACCGUCACCUGGAUAGAAUAGCAGCACUGUAUCCAGGAGAUAAUGAGCGCUUGCGGAGGAUGUCUUUGAUCGAGGAGGGCGAUCCAAAGAGGAUUAACAUGGCCCACCUAUGUGUGGUGGGCUCCCACGCCGUGAACGGAGUCGCUCGCAUACACUCAGAGAUUGUGAAAAGCACAGUGUUUAAGGAUUUUCACGAUGUGGAACCUGAGAAGUUCCAGAACAAGACGAACGGCAUCACACCUCGCCGCUGGCUCCUGCUCUGCAACCCCGGGCUGGCUGACAUCAUCGCUGAGAAAAUUGGUGAGGAGUUCAUGACAGAUCUGUUCCAGCUGAAGAAGCUGCUGGACUACAUCGACAAUGAGGUGUUCAUCAGGGAUGUGGCCAAAGUAAAGCAGGAGAACAAGCAGAAGUUAGCUGCGUACCUGGAGAAGGAGUACAAGGUGAAGAUCAAUCCGGAGUCCAUCUUCGACAUUCAGGUCAAAAGAAUCCAUGAGUACAAGAGACAGCUGCUCAACUGCCUCCACAUCAUCACUUACUAUAACAGGAUCAAAAAAGAGCCGAACAAGAAAUUUGUACCAAGAACAAUAAUGAUCGGAGGCAAAGCUGCGCCUGGGUACCACAUGGCUAAGAUGAUCAUAAAGCUGAUCACAUCGGUGGCGGCUGUGGUGAAUAAUGACCCUGUGGUGGGUGACCGACUGAAGGUUAUUUUCCUAGAGAACUACAGAGUUUCGCUCGCAGAGAAAGUGAUCCCGGCGGCAGACCUGUCCGAGCAGAUCUCCACAGCAGGAACGGAAGCUUCCGGAACAGGAAACAUGAAGUUUAUGUUGAAUGGAGCGCUGACCAUCGGUACCAUGGAUGGAGCCAAUGUGGAGAUGGCAGAGGAGGCUGGGGAGGAGAACCUCUUCAUCUUCGGCAUGAGAGUGGACGAUGUGGAGGCCAUGGACCGCAAGGGGUAUAACGCUCAAGAAUACUACGAUCGUCUGCCGGAGCUCAGGCAGGUGAUGGAUCAGAUCCGCACCGGAUUCUUCAGCCCCCAAAAGCCAGAGCUAUUUAAAGACAUCGUCAACAUGCUGAUGAAUCAUGACCGAUUCAAGGUGUUUGCUGAUUAUGAGGCUUAUAUCAGCUGUCAGGAGAAAGUCAAUGAGCUCUACAAGAACCCCAAAGAGUGGACCAAGAAGGUGAUCAGGAACAUUGCCGCUUCUGGAAAGUUCUCCAGCGACCGGACCAUCUCGGAAUACGCUCGGGAGAUCUGGGGGGUGGAGCCGUCAGCUGUGAAGAUCCCACCACCCAAUGAGCCUCGAGACUGAGAAGACACAGUUGAAUUGGCCAAUGAUUGUUGGCGAUACCCAAUACAUCCCUCCCCUUUUUCAUACCGUAGGUGUGUCCAGUCUAAUUUCAAGAAUUAUAGCCCCCCCAGAUUAGUUCAAUUUAGUUGCAGUUCUGCUUUUGACAGUUAUGUCUUGCUUUCUUCGAAUGGCCAGUGUAGACCAAGCUGAAGCUUAACCCCCUGCCUUAGCUUUCACAAUUAAUUUCAGCACAUAACUGUAGAUUAACCUGCUGCUCCUCUCUUAGCUUCAUGGCAUGGUUGCAUAGACCGCUCUGUCAGUAUAUCACAAAUGGUGUGAUUUAUUGAUUAUUCUUCACUGAACACCAUUUGAGUGCCUUCACAUGAUCCACACACAUUGCUAUCUUGACACAUCUUUGCUAGUGCCUCUGUGCAUUGCAGAAGUCUUCAAAUACAGUCAUUAAAGGUCACUUUCUUGGACAGGGAUUGAGCCCAGUCCUGGGCUACAUUUUCAUUUCAAUAGAGAACCUCCAUUCAGAAUGCUGUGUAGCCCAGAACUAUGCGUAAUCCUUGUAAAUUGACCCAAAUCCAAGUUUCUAGCCUUGGGUUUUGUCAUCACUGGUAGUUAUGGUAUCACAGGUAGACAUGGAUUAAGCCUGAUAUUGGGUUGAAUUGCAGGAUCAGUGGUGAAUUACCAAUGGAAAUUAUGUUAGUCCAAGACUAGGCUUGAUCUAUGUCUGGGAAACCAGCCUUAGGUAUCCAAUUACAUCGCCAUUCAGUUAGCCACAAGUCAUUGAGGAAUCCACAACUGGAAUGUGGAUUCAAGUUCUGGAUUUUAAGACCACUGGUGUAUUCCCUUUGUUAGGGUCACCACCAGGACCUAAAUGAAUGUUGUUAAGCCUAAUCCUAGACAAAAAGAUGUUUGGUCAAGAAUGCAGACUGAAUUUAGUCUAGACUAGGCUUAACCCUUAGAGUGCCUACUGUGUGCAAUCCUGCCACAAAAGGAGGAAAGCAACAAUGCAUUAAGCCACAAGUUAUUACCUGAAACUAGAAUGAAGUGGGGCUCAACAUUACAAGCAAUGGCCACAAGCAAUGUUUGAAUAAACGUGCAUGCUGUAUUUCACUCUUGUACUGCUGCUGGUUUGAAGCCUCAUGUGUUGUGAUUAGCAUGGAAGGCAUCACCAUCACCAUCACCAUCACCAUCAUCAUCAUCAUCCUGUUGCAGCAAGACCAAAGCAGUGUAUGCCAUUGUUUGCCACCUCACUGUAAUAUAGCCUAACAAUAUUAUUAAUUUAGCACUUAGCAUUAUUGCUCAAAAUAGGAUUUUUAAGAACUCUACUGCACUUUAGCUAACCUGGAGAUGCUAGCUAAACAUUCAGGUCAAUAUGGAAGCAUUUCAGGCCUGAAGGUUUGCUCAGUCUCACUGGAUUCAGUUCGGAUGCUAUCACUCCUAUUACUAUAGCUUCUGAGCAAUGAUGUCUGCAGGUUAAGAUGCACGGUCAGUCAGUGGUGCGUUUACGCUGAGGUUUUGAGAAGAAAAGCCAUUCAGUUUGAGUGAAGUUGCCUCCUGGACAGGUGCAUUAUUCGUUUUAAUAGUGAACGCAACUGUAUUUUGAGCCGGAAUGAAAUCCUAAAUGCACCAUUUCAGAGAUCGAACUC